UACCACAAUACCACCAUAACAAUUUUCAAAAAAUAAAAAUCAAAUGAAAUUGGUCUCUCCGUGUUUCUUCACGUCUUCGCCGACAUCACCUCCUUACUUCCUUUAACCACUUUUGCCACAACCACAACCCACAAACAUCUCAAUAACUUUAACCUUUCGAAUAUCGAUCUCCAUAACUUUAAUUUUCCAAUUUUCAAAAACCCUAACCCUAAUUUUCCCCCAAAUUCUUUCCCAAUAAUCAAUCGUCAUGCUUCUUUCUCCAGGACAUUCACCUCGUCAUCUCUCUUCUCCAUCUCCUUCUCUCUCCUCUGCUGCCGAUAAUGCUCCAUCUUCUUCUCAACUAAAACCCCCCAAAAAAUCACCCAAAGUUCUCGACGAAGAUAGCUAUGUCGCUGCAAUCGAAAAAAUUAUCGAACGUGACUUCUUCCCUGAUAUUCCGAAGCUUCGCGAUCGUCUUGAUUGGCUUGAAGCUGUCAAAACUAGAGAUCCUGUUCAGAUUCGCGAUGCGCAAUUGAAGAUUCUUGAACGUCAUCGUGGUUCAAAUUUCAAUCCUAAUGAAGGUAAAAUUAAAACUCCUGGGUCAACGUUUUUUCGCAAUUCUGUUACUCCUUGUGAAUUUGAGCGAACACCUUCUGUAAUUGAUGCGAAUUCGAGUAAUGCUGGGAAUCAUGGGGAAACUUCUGGGGUAGGUGUUGAUGUUUCUUUGAGUUUGGAUCAGUUUUUUAGGAGGUAUACUAGUGAAGAUAAUGACAGUUUUAAUCAAAUUAUUGAAAAAGUUAAUAGGAAGAGGAAAGAACGAUAUGAUUAUUUGCUGGAAGGUGAAAAAUCUGAUAAGAUUGAGGAUGUUAAGAGGGAUAGGAUUACUGAUGGGUAUGGAACAUCAGAUCAGCCAACAAGUACUUUGGAAGGAUGGAAUUAUUCUGCUAAGAAUUUGCUUAUGUACCAUCCUGCUGAUAGGGGGGAAGCGCCAUUGACAGAGGAAGAGAGGGCGGCGAGGUUGAAGGGUUUGACAAAGGAGAUUGAUCGUUAUAAUACUCGGUUUCAUGGGAAAAUGUUGGAUUCUGGACCGAAAGACGAGGGUGAGAUUGAGGUUCUUUAUACUACUUUGGCAGGGGGUACGCCUGUGAUUUCUGGUAGGGAUAGGGAUCAGACUAAGAAGUAUGAUUUGGAGGAUUUGAGGAAGACUCCGAAUCAGUUUUACGUGGAGUCAGAAAAAAAGGCUAGCAAUGGUUAUAGCUUUGUGAAGACACCGUCACCUGCUCCAGGGGUGGAUGAAUCACCGUUUAUUACUUGGGGUGAAAUUGAAGGCACUCCUUUAAGAUUAGAGCAGGAGGACACACCGCUUGAUAUUGGAGGUAGUGGUGAGGGUGCACACUUUAAGAUUCCAUUGCCGCCUUCUAGAGAUUUAAAGGCUCAUUCUUUGUCAAGAGAGGCUGCUCGUAAGUUGAAGCAACGGUCAAGGAUGUAUGAGAAACCACCAUUGCCUUCACCCAUGAGGAGUGGAAGUGCUAGCCCUAGUGUAAGGAAUUUUUCUCCUGCUGCUCAAAAGUUUAUGAGGAACGCAAUGGCUAAGUCAUCUUCUUCUGUUGAUGAAUCUCUGCGUGCUAGUUAUCGAGGCAACAGCCCUGGCCUGGGUACUCCUAAAUCAGGAAGGAGUGUGUCUAGGCUUGCAAGAGAUACAACCUUUGAUUCUAGGUCUCCUUCUGUGAGAGAGGGUUCUAAUCUUCCUUGAUGAUUUGCGGAUUGGCAUUUGUUGAUUGGCUUAUAGGAAGUAGGACAACUGCUUAAAGUAAUGAGUUCCAUUGUACUUCACACCUUACGUAUGGACACCUCUUUUACACUAUCAUCUGUAAUAUUGUGAUUUCCCGUGAUUCCAUGAAAUACAAGUUCUGAUUCUCUUG